AUGUUUCAAGGCUAUACAUUUUUGAUCAUCAAAUCCAUAGACUUGGAUGACAAGGAGGCUGCUCGGCUUGAGUCAAUUUUGAGCAAGUACCAUGCCACCAAGGUUUACACCAAGGAUGAAUUUGACAACUCGAUAAACUACUUUGAUCCUCCAUCGGUUACCCACAUAGUCACCUCCUCCAUCGACUUUAUCGAGUAUUCACAAGCACAGAAGUCAAUGAUUCCAAUUGUCACACCAGAAUGGGUUCACAAUUCACUAGAACAGAGCACGCUUCUACCAAUAAAGUCAUACAAUCCUAACCCUGACUACUUUUUCAGAAAUUGCUUUGUUUGCUGUGCAGAUAACUUGCCUCAAGGAGAUAAGGAGCUCAUAUACGCUGCAGUUCAAGCAUUUGGCGGUAAUUAUUUGGAUGUGUUGUCCAAGUAUACGACCCACUUGAUUGCCAUGGAUAUGACCAACGAAAAAUCCAUUAUUGCUUCUAGCCUCAUCCACGAUCCAAAUUGCAAGGACCCUGUCAUGAAUAUUAAAAUUGUGUUGCCUCACUGGAUAGAUCAUUGUUUGAUAUUGGGAAGGAAAAUUGAUGAGGAAAAGUAUGUUCUUCCCGAUUCUGAUUCAUUUGACAUGAACGCUAGCAAUCAAGCUAGUGAGUUGAUGAAUGAAAUAAAGAACGAUUUCAGGGUUCCCAUUCUAGAUGAUUCGGUUCCAAAACCAUCAGAGGAAGAUUCAUUUAAAGGUGUGGAUUUCUUCAACGGCAAGCGUUUCUACAUUUGUUCUGACUUUAAUCUUUCGCAAAGACUGGCCAAUUCUGUCAAGGCAUUGAUAGAGAAACUUGGAGGGGACAUUGUCACGUCGUACAGCGAGAACAUUGACAUUUAUCUUGGAAAGUAUCGGAACGGCGAAGCUUAUCAAAGGAGCCGACAAAGCAAAAGAAUCAUUAUAGCAAACUUGCAAUGGUUGUAUUCGAUUCUAGUGACCAAAAAAUGGGUCUUGCCGUUAAACUCAAACAUUCUUUACUAUCCAAUCCCAUCAAAGCAUGUUGACGGAUUUGCCAAUUUGAAAAUCUCAAUCUCAAACUAUAGUGGUGAUUCUAGAGCGUACUUGUCGAAAUUGAUAACUUUAAUGGGUGCAACAUUCACUAAAACAUUGACUAGAGAGAAUGACUUUUUAGUUUGCGCAAAAGCUGAUGGUAAAAAAUACGACGCUGCGGUUUCGAAAUGGAUAGGUAUGGACGGUAAACCCGAAGUCCAAAUAGUCAACCAUAUGUGGUUGGAAGAUUGCUUCAUUGAGUGGGUGAAGCUAGAUCACACUGAUGCCAAGUACACAAAUUUCGGUAAUCUGGGUUUGGGCAUGGAGCCAUAUAUUGGUGGAGCACAUUUGGAUGUGGACAAGUUGGAUGGACCGAGUGAAGAUAAUGGAAAUGUAACUGGAAAUGUUGAUGACAGUAUGAGUGAGGAUGAGAGCACUCAAUCGAGAAAAUUGGUUUGCCCUGCGCCAUUGGCCAAUGUAAAAAGGGAAGUAACGUCUAGCGGAGAUUUGAAAAAGUUUGCCGACAAGCCAGCAAAUGAAAAUGACGAUGUCAUUAGUAUACACACUCCUUCAAAUGGUACACCUGAUAUUAGUGCUGAAAUCUAUUCACCAAAGACCCCAACCGAUCUUGGUGAGGGUACCGUUUUCAAUUCUCGUUAUGGAGGAAGAUCAGCUGCUAAAAAGGCAGCGGCAAAGUUGCAUGACAACAUGAGUGAUUUAAAUGCUUAUUUGGAGAUGUCGAAAAGUAGCAAGAAAAUGAAGACAUACAUGAGCGAAUUGGAAAAUACGGUAAACGGCAAACGCAAGCAAUUGCAGGAAACAAAUGAUUACACAGGAAGCACCACUCUGGACACGGAUGCGAAACGCCUUCGAACUGAUGAGUGUAGUAUCGUUGCAAUUAUGACGGGAUGUGAACAAGAUAUUGAAUUGUCAAAGAGUGAUUACACAAAGCUACAAUCAAUCGGUAUCAAAGUCAUCACCGACUUGUCAAAACAUACCCCAAACACACUAAUUGCACCUAAAAUUCUACGAACUGAAAAGUUUUUGAGAAGUUUGAGUAAAGUGGACAGAAUUGUACACCCGUCAUACAUUGUGGAUGUUUUGUCAAAUGCUGAAAAUAACGGAGACACAAUGAGUUUGUAUCGCAUUGAUGAUUACGCCUUGGACAAGGUGAACCCCUCAGCGAAAACUGAUUUGGGUGUCAAGAGCUUACAAGCAUUGUUACUGAAAUGUAACACCCGUGGUCAUCUUUUUGAUGGAAUCAGCUUGAAUCUCAGCAAGAAUUUGAAUGGGGGCAUUGAAAUCAUUUCACGAAUUUUGCAAGAUCAUGGCCUCAAGGAGUACGAAGAAGUUCCAGUUACGCUUACUAAAAAGACGUCCAUUUGCAGUUGCAUCUACAAAGACAAGCCAGUGUCGAUAUUAAUUGCCAACAAAACCAAGGACGCAAAGCUAGUUGCUAGCUUUAAAAAGGGUUAUUCCAACGGAGUCGUUCUUAGCUGGGACUGGUGUGUGAAAUCGAUUUUUGCCAUGGAAUUGCAAAAUUUUGACAAAUUCGAGAUAUAA